CAUGGAAGACGCACGAACCACCAACACCAGACCAAGCUACGACGACCUUCAAGGUCAACCUCAGAUGUGAAUAACUCCAUCUUCCCUUUAUAUCUCAACAUAAACCCAUAUACCUGGGCCAAUAACACAAUGCCUGUCCAGCAGCAUGUGCUGAACUGGCUCUACAGCGUUCUCACAAGCGAGUAUCACGAUGUAAACCGUGCCUACAACGAUGUCGCGCAGGCUCUCGACCGAUUCCCCUCGCUAUCGCCUCGAACCGAUGUGCACACGUUCUCAAAUGGCGCCAAUGCCUUGUUACUUCAUCUGUCGGGGACUCUCCCUGUUAAUUUUCGCGGAACGACAUACCGUUUCCCCAUUUCGAUAUGGGUGCCACACGCUUAUCCGCGAGAGCCACCCAUGAUUUACGUUGUGCCGACCGAGACCAUGAUGAUUCGACCGGGACAGCAUAUCGAUCCGCAGGGUCUGGUAUAUCAUCCAUACUUGGUGGGAUGGGCUGAAUUCUGGGAUAAAUCUAACCUUCGGGACUUCCUCAACAUCCUAACCGAUAUCUUCGCAAAAGAACCUCCAGUCGUAGCUCGGCAACAACAGGCUCGACCACCUCCAGCUCAAGCUAAUCCGACACCUCCCCCCGUGCCGCCUCUACCUCCUGGCAUGGGAUCAACUUCGCGGCCUGCAACUCAAGAUCCGCAUCCCUCAGAACAGCCGCGCCCUCCUCCACCACCCCCGAAGGGCCCUCAGAGUACAUCACCUGCGCAGACACAAUCUCAAAAUGGACCACCUCUACCUCCAAUCCCGGGACGCUCUCCGGCACAGUCUAACCGCAUGUCACGGUACGACUCAGCUCCUCCCCUGCCACCUCAAGUUGGAAGUCCAAAUGCACAGGAUCCGAGAUUGCCUCGCCCUCAGGAGCAGUAUGCGACUCGUCACAUACCGCCUGCUGGGCCCCCAAUGGCUGCGCAACCCGGAUACAUGAAUGAUACCCAGUCGUUUGCGCCUCCAUCACAACAACAAUGGCAAAUGCCACCACAGCAUCAGCAAUAUCAACAGCCUCCGCAACCUCCGGCAUGGAUGGCUCAGGCAGCUCCACCACCACAAAGCCCUGCAAAACCACCACCACCUCCUGAUCUGCUUGAUGAGCCAUUAGAGUUAACUUUGCCAAAUACUACGGUAGCGGCUCCUCCUAUCCCGCCCAAUCCCGAAAAGGAUGCGUUGUUGCGACAGUUAGCUCAGACACUGUACUCGAUCAGGAUGCGCAGCCGGCAGCAAAACGACUCAAGCAUGGCUGGUUUGCAAGCACAAAGAACAGCAAUGCUGUCAGCGAUACCAGCCUUCCAAGCUGAAGGUGGCCAAUUGACACAAUUGUCGAAUGUCUUGACGUCAAACUCUAAUAUUCUACACGAUGCUCUUCAUAAAGCAGAUGCAGUGAUCGAAGGAUCCAAGAGCCACCCUGUUCCGGAUGUUGAUGAGCUCCUUGUAGCUCCUACAGUAGUCGCAAACCAGCUAUACACACUAGUGGCAGAGGAGAGAGCUAUAGGUGACGCCAUAUUCAUGCUUGGACGGGCUGUCGAGCGCGGCCGCAUUACACCAGCAGUAUUUGCCAAGACGACGAGAACUCUUGCUAGAGAAUGGUAUCUGAAAAAAGCACUUGUGCGAAAGAUUGGGCAAGGAAUGGGCCUGACCCCAUGACGGGAUACCAUACGAGAUUUGGAUUGAUGCAGCUCCCUUGCCAAGCGGGGGUUUAGUAUUGUUCUUACAGCUGGCAGCUGGGAAGAGCUCCAGGAUUGGCAUCGUGCAUGGAGUAGCAGUACGUGGCCAGGCACUGGGAAAAACACGACAAGUAAGAGGCGGAUUACAACAUACUUUUGAAACGAAGCCAAACGAUCAAGACGACCGGCUAGCUGGAUGCCCGUGAAGUCUAUCUUGUGAUCUCAAGCCAUCGAUACGGGCGUAUAGCUCCCGAUACGGUUGAGAAAGACUGGGCAGAUUAAAGUCUAAGGAUCGAGACCAAAGCGGAUAACCCCAUGAUAUCAAAAUCCACUCCCAUCCAUGACGGCAAUUGGCGUGCACGGAGUCAGGAACACGGGAAUGGGAAACGAAUCCGUCGCUUGGACCGUUAGCUCUUGGCCUGUCAAGAUAUGCACGGAUCGAUCUCUUA